UCUUGCUGUCUUUUCCGGAGCCUGUGGGCUCUUCCACUUUCUCUGGGACGUUGGGUUCUUAUUUGCAAAAUGCGGAGGCAGUACCUUUAAAUUUUGGCUUUGUUUUUUUGCUGAGUCGGCGUCACUCAGUCCCGAGUGAGUCACAUCUAGCAGAAGUGGGAACAGCAGAGUUUAGUGUGUGUGUGUGUGUGUGUGUGUGUAUUUGCUGUUUCCUCCUGUAUUCUACCGGAGGAAUUGGGGGAAGAGAGGAGGUCCUGGAGUGGAGACUGCCGCCCGGCGGGUAUCCCUGGCGUCUUUCCACCUGCUGCCUGCAGAGGGAGCCCUACUGUUGGCACGACCGUGGCAGGCCUCUCUUGAUCCACAGUCAGUCCGCUUAAUCUCCGUAAGGUUCUGUUUCGGACAGUACGCCCUCCCUUCUCCAUCUGCUCCCCCACUUGCAGUACGGGGGAGAUGAGGCCUAUGUAUAGAGAGCACCUUAGCCAAGGUUCAUGGCCUCUGGCCUAAAAGCAGUCAGGAGCAGCGGGGCCCAAUGCCCUCAGGAUUCGGGGAGAGCUGUGGCUUUCUUUUCUUUGGAGCUUGCAGGUGGCUAAGCUACGGUUACAGAGGAAACUUGACAGAGACCUAAGGGUCUCAACCAUCCCAUCUUCUCCUAUUCUUCUCUUCCAUUUGCUCACCUGAGCAUGAGUACAGUUUCCUCCCACUCUUUCAGGAUCCCCUUUCUUGCUUUUCACUUACAAUAUGCAUAAUUUGAGCUGUAAGAUUACCACCUUUUCCACGAAGAGCUUCACCGAGUUUUUCCCAUGGAUUAAGUGCUACAGACCAGAUACUUCUUGACAGGUUCUGGCCUGGGCUGCUGAUCGCACUGGGCUCCGUCUGCCCAGGGGGUUCGCCAUGUGGCAUCUCCACACACAUCGAGAUAGGACACAGAGCUCUGGAGUUUCUCCACCUUCAGGAUGGGAGAGUUAACUACAAAGAGCUGUUGCUUGAGCACCAGGAUGCGUAUCAGGCUGGAGCUGUGUUUCCUGAUGCCUUCUACCCCAGCAUCUGCGAGAGAGGGCAAUUCCAUGACGUGUCUGAGAGCACGCACUGGACCCCCUUUCUGAAUGCAAGCAUCCACUAUAUCCGAGAGAACUACCCUCUUCCCUGGGAGAAGGACACAGAGAAAUUGGUAGCCUUCUUGUUCGGCAUUACGUCUCACAUGGUGGCCGACAUUAGCUGGCACAGCUUGGGUAUCGAGCAAGGAUUCCUUAGGACCAUGGGAGCCGUUGAUUUUCAUUACUCCUAUUCUAAGGCGCAUUCGGCGGGUGAUUUCGGAGGUGAUGUGUUGAGCCAGUUUGAGUUCAAUUUUAAUUACCUCGCACGACGCUGGUAUGUGCCCAUUGAAGAUCUGCUGGAGAUUUAUAAGAAACUCUAUGGCCGAGAAGUCAUCACCAAAAAUGCAAUUGUUGACUGUUCAUACCUUCAGUUCUUGGAAAUGUAUGGUGAGAUGUUAGCUAUUUCCAAGCUUUAUUCCACUUACUCCAGAAAGUCUCCAUUUUUGGUGGAACAAUUCCAAGAAUAUUUCCUGGGGGGACUGGAUGACAUGGCUUUUUGGUCCACUAAUAUUUACCGUCUGACGAGCUUCAUGUUAGAGAACGGGACCAGUGACUGCAACCUGCCUGAGAACCCUCUGUUCAUUGCAUGCGGCGGUCAACGAGCCAGCACCCAGGGCUCCAGAGUGCAGAAAAAUGAUUUCCAUAGGAAUCUGACUGCAUCCCUAACCAAAGAUGUUACGAAAAAUAUAAACUAUACUAAAAGAGGUGUGCUCUUCAGCGUGGAUUCCUGGACCUCGGACUCCCUUACUUUUCUGUACCAGACUUUGGAAAGGAACAUACGGACAAUGUUCACAGGCAGCUCCCAGCAGUCAUGGAAACAUGUCUCCAGCCCCCUGGCAUCUUACUCCCUGUCUGUUCCCUACACGAGACUCGGCUGGGCAAUGACCUCGGCUGACCUCAACCAGGACGGGCUCGGGGACCUGGUGGUAGGCGCCCCAGGCUACAGCCACCCCGGCCACAGCCAGGUUGGGCGCGUGUACCUCGUGUAUGGCAGCGAGCUGGGCCUGCCCCCCCUCGACCUGGAUCUCGACAAGGAGGCCCACGUGACCCUGGAGGGUUUCCAGCCCUCAGGUCGGUUUGGCUCGGCCUUGGCCGUGUUGGACUUCAACAAGGAUGGCGUGCCUGACCUGGCUGUGGGAGCGCCGUCGGUGGGCUCUGAGAAGCUGGCCUACACGGGUGCGGUGUACGUCUACUUCGGCUCCAGGCAAGGAGGAGUUUCUUCUGGCCCCAACGUCACCAUCUCCUGCCAGGACACCUACUGUAACUUGGGCUGGACACUGGUGGCCGCAGACAUGAACGAGGACGGCGAGCCCGAUCUGGUGAUGGGCUCCCCUUUCGCGCCGGGGGGAGGGAAACAGAAGGGCAUGGUGGCUGCGUUUUAUUCCGACCCCAGCUGGAGCCACAAAGAAAAGCUGGGCGUGGAGGCGGCCAACUGGACGGUGCGAGGUGAGGCGGACUUCUCCUGGCUCGGCUACGCCCUCCACGGGCUCCGCAUGAACAACACAACCGUGCUGCUGGUGGGGAGCCCAACCUGGAGGAACACCAGUAGCCCGGGCCACCUGUUCCACGCUCACGACGAGAAACAGAGCCUCGGACGGGUGUAUGGCUAUUUACCCCCACAACGCCAAAGCUGGUUUACCGUUUCUGGAGACAAGACGAUGGGGAAGCUGGGGGCUUCCCUGUCCAGCGGCCACGUGCUGGUGAACGGGACCCGGAAACAAGUGUUGCUGGCUGGAGCCCCGACUCACGAUGAGGUGUCCAAAGUGGCAUUCCUGACCAUGACCUUGCACCAGGGCGGAACCACUCGGAUGUAUGAACUGACCCCUGACACACAGCCUUCUCUGCUCAGCACCUUCAGCGGGGACCGCCGCUUCUCUCGAUUUGGUGGAGUUCUGCACUUGAGUGACCUGGAUGGCGAUGGCUUAGAUGAAAUCAUCCUGGCGGCGCCCCUGAGGAUAACGGACGUCACCUCUGGAAUGCUGGGUGGGGAAGACGGCCGUGUUUAUGUCUAUAAUGGCAAGCACAUCACCUUCGGCGACAUGACGGGCAGAUGCAAAUCAUGGAUAGCUCCAUGUCCUGAAGAGAAGGCCCAGUACGUACUGAUUUCUCCUGAGGCAAGCUCAAGGUUUGGGAGCUCUGUGGUCACCGUGCGGUCAAAAGACAAGUUCACUGUGGUGAACAUUCAUACUAUUUCACUUGCACGACACCUACCUGGGAUUGUUGGCGCUGCUGACAAGUGGACAUGGACAGUCUGAGGAUGAGAGUGGCCACUCACUGAGCCUCCAGCAACGGGCUGGAAUUAGGACUCGGCCUGCACCUGAGCCGAGCUGCCUUAGUCUGCGUCUCUGAAACCUCGUGGCACUAACCCGUCUCCAUCUCUGUUGUCACCCGAGCACAGCAGGAUGCGUGGACUAGGGCAGGAGCUUCACAGGCAUGAUCAACAUACUGUUCUGUGUCCCCUACAGAACCAAGUUGUCGUUGCUGCUGGAAGGAGUUCUUUGGGAGCCCGACUCUCCGGGGCACUGCACGUCU